AUGAAGUCAAAGAACGACGACCACCACGCUGGUCGUCGGGCUCGUGAGGUAUAUCGCUUUUUUCGACCCGAGCGACUUGCGCCUAUAGAUGAAAACCGAUCAUUCGCUAGCGAGGAUUCUCCAACGCUAGAUCCCUCGAUUCGCCGUGAACCAUCCGCCCCAUCUUUAUCGCCGAUAUCCAAAUCCCUAACACAGUUCGCAAGGGCCCCUUUGAGGGGCAUUCCUGAAUCUCUAGCAUUAGGCAGUUCAAACGCGACGUUGAAUUCAUUUGCGCAAUUGACCGCACUGCGUUUAAACGUGGAUCGGGUGUUCAUCAGUGUAUCGGACCGCGAUUCUCAGUUCAUCAUUGCACAGGCUGCCCAAACAGCAAAAGGUAAUAGCAAAUACGACUCUGUAGGAAAUGGAGUCUAUACAGGCUGUGCUACGCUAGAUGUCAGUUCUUGGACGCCUUGUCAGGACACUAUCGCUUUAUCGCGUUCCAAAGGGAACGAAGAAUCUAGCUUUCUAGUGUCUAACGAUUUGAGCCAAGAUGCCCGAUACAAAGAUCUAUCCUUUGUGCAGGGGAAACCGAAUUUCCGAUUCUACGCAGGCAUACCUCUUACGACAGAAAGCAACAUUAACUUGGGCUGCUUCUUUGUUUUGGAUACGAAGCCUCAUGCCGAAUUUACCGAAUCAGAAAGAGAGACCAUGACCGCCAUGAGUACCCUCGUUAUGGAUUUCCUGAAAGUGAGCCGCCAGGCCUCCGAGGGCCGUCGCGCUACCCGGCUAUCCAGAGGUCUCAGCUGCUUCGUUGAGGGCAGGUCUAGCUUUACAGAGAUCCCCGAUGAUUUAGCUAUGGGUAAAUCCGACGCGCAAUAUAGCACCCCUCCAUCCUCGAAAACAAGGGCGAGCCAUCUCGCCAUUCCCAACCAUAACCAAGGCUCCCGACGAUCUCGCUCCCGCAGUAGCGAUACCAGCUCCGUCAGCUCGAUGUCGGAUAGCAGAUUCGAUCAAUCCAUAUCCUCUAGCGUUGAAUCUCAUUUCCCUGGCUUGCGAUCCGGUAACAGGCACAGGAUGGGAGAUGAGCACCAAGGCAACGGCUGGACUUUCCAACGAGCAGCAAAUCUGAUUCGCGAGAGCUUGGAGUUAGAGGGCGACAGCGGUGUUGUUUUCGUUGAAGGCGGGAGUGAUGCUGCGCUUGAUCUCGAGACGAGCAGUGAUGCUUCUUCUUUGGAGACUGGUAAAGCUGCUUCUAUUUUGGGUAUAUCUACGGGUGACAAUGCUUUUGGUCCCGAAACAGGCUCAUUUUCACAAUUCCCAGUUUCUGGCAUUGAGGAUGUCUUUAUGCAUGGUUUACUCAAUCGUUAUUCUCAAGGGAAACUAUGGUCUUUCCAUCGAGAUGGUUUGCUGUCUAGCUCGGAUAGUGAUGACUCGCCUCGCAAAAGCCGUGCUCGAACACGAACGACUUCUACGCGCUCGAAACACCCGAGAAAAUGGAAAACUACUGAAAAUACCUUGCUCAAUCGUCACUUCCCCGGAGCCAGCCAGGUGAUGUUCGUUCCCCUGUGGAACGCAGCCAACUCUCAAUGGUUUGGUGGCUGUUUCUGUUGGAAUACAGUUGAGAACAUUGUCUUUGAUCCAUUCGUGGAGUUAAGCUCAGUAAUGGGAUUUGGCUCCUCGAUCAUGGCGGAAUGCAAUCGAGUUGAGUCACAUAUCUCUGACCGACAAAAAGCAGAUUUUCUCGGCAGUGUUUCACAUGAAUUGCGCAGUCCCCUUCAUGGAGUUAUGGCAGCAGCAGAAUUGCUCCAAGGUACCACAUUUGACGAUUUCCAGGGUUCGCUUCUGGAGACUAUCAACGCAUGUGGUCGUACACUGCUUGAUACGAUGAAUCAAGUUUUGGAUUAUACUAAGCUCGUCUCCUUGGAAAAGGAUCUUCGUCAUUUGAAGAAAAGCAUGGCCCCUCAUAUGGACAUUAAGAGUAUGCAACGCUCUGCUGGUCACUUAGACACCUACAUGACCACCGAUAUCUCUAUUUUGUCCGAAGAGGUAGUGGAAGGAGUUUGCCUGGGUCAUUCAUACAGCCAGCGACCGACGACCUCCACUAAUCCAGCAGGAGCUGCCAUGACUAGCACAAAGAAUCCAGAGGGAUUCAACAUUCCUCAACUGCACGUGGAUGUGACAAUGGAUAUUGAAGUCAAUGAUUGGGUCUACUAUAUGCCUCCCGGUGCUCUUCGACGCAUCAUCAUGAACAUCUUCAGCAAUGCGGUCAAAUAUACCGAUUCCGGCCAUGUUUCAUUGCAUCUAGAGGCCAAAGAACCAUCUGAGAAUUGGUAUCAUCCACAAGGUACCAAGGAAGAUCUGAUUAUCUUGACAGUCUCAGAUACUGGCAGGGGUAUGUCUGCAGACUUUUUGCGAGGCAGAUUAUUUGUCCCAUUUGCCCAGGAGAACAGUCUUUCUGUCGGAACUGGGUUAGGUCUCUCCAUUGUCCGCAGCCUCGUCAAGUCAUUGAGCGGGCGUAUCAAUAUCGACAGUCGUCCCGAUGAGGGUACAACUGUCAAGGUGACUCUCCCACUGACACGUCGAGCACAAGAGGAUUAUAAUAGACUUGAAGGUGGUAUGCCAUCACCUCCGCAGGAGGACUCGGAUUCAAUCACGAAUGGAGUACGGUUAUUGCGGGACAACCAUGCCGGCCGGAAAGUUGCCAUCCUAGGCGUGGAGCCAGAUGACGCUCGUAGCCAUCCAUUAUGGGGAGGUUUGUCUCAUUACUUGACCGACUGGUACGGUCUCGAGCUUGUUUCGUCCUCCGUCGAUUCACACAUUGAUGCCAUCCUGGCCGAUGAGAUACUGUUGGAAGAGAGGACCGCUUGGAGUUUCUCAGAUCCCAAUCAAGCCGUGCUCAUUCUGAGCAGCAAAUAUGUUGAUCAUAGCACUGUUCGUCCCGAAUGGCUCUCAUCUGCCAAUACCGUGAGCAUUGUCAGUCGUCCAUGUGGCCCACACAAGCUUGCUCGAUUCAUGCAGAAAUGCUUCGAUCAGACUUCUUCUCUGUCUCUUCCAGAGCUGAUGGUCAUGCCUGACCGAAGCCAAAACAAUCCACCAAUUCGCAUUAAAAAAGCACCCUCCGAUGGAGAUAUUAUCCCGAACGAUCACACCGAGUUACCAGACAUGAAUAACGACAUUUCUACCUUAUAUCAAACUCCCCCUCCAGCUCCUACCACUGAGCAAUCCGCAUACCUUCCAUCUUCUUCGGUCAUCGAAAGCAUCCAACCUGCUCCUGAACCCCGCAAGCCUCGAGUUCUAGUGGUUGAAGAUAAUAAAAUCAACCUAAAUCUCAUGCUUGCCUUCCUCAAAAAGCGAAAGCUCGACAUCCUCGACUCCGCCGAGAAUGGCAAACUAGCCGUCGAUGCAGUCGAACAAGCCCAGCAGAGCUAUGAUAUAAUCUUCAUGGAUAUCUCUAUGCCCGUUAUGGAUGGCUUCGAUGCUGCACGGUCUAUACGCGCUCUGGAAAAGCAGCAAGGUGCUGACUCGCAUUCCCUCAUAAUUGCGCUCACUGGACUGAGCGGAUCCAAUGAUGAACUGGAAGCUCUUAGCUCAGGGAUGGACCUGUUCCUAACGAAACCUGUUACCCUCAAAAAUGUGUCGAAAAUCCUCGACAAGUGGUCUGAGAGAGGUUUACGCGACGAAUGA